CCUGUGAGCCCCGAGUCGGCAUGGACCCCGAGCGCUGCGCGCCCUUCACGGUGGGGCCCGGGCCCAGCCCCUACACAGCCGCGGGGGAAGAGUCUCCAGGCGCCCCAGGGACCCCCAGCGCCGCGCCCCACCUGCACCCCGCACCUCCCCGCGGCCCGCGGCUGACCCGCUUUCCGGCCUGCGGGCCCCUGGAGCCCUUCCUCCCGGAGCCGGCCAAGCCGCCCGCCAAGUACCUGCAGGUCCUCGGGGCCGGCCCGGCGCUCAACGGCGGCCACUUCUACGAAGGACCCGCGGAAGCGGAGGAGAAGGCCACCAAAGCUGCCAGCUUCCCCCAGCUGCCCUUGGACUGCCGAGGGGGCCCCAGGGACGGACCCUCAAACUUGCAGGGCUCCCCGGGCCCUUGCCUGGCCAGCUUGCGUGUUCCCUUGUCACCGGGGCUCCCCGACUCCAUGGAGUUGGCCAAGAACAAGAGCAAGAAGCGCCGGAACCGCACAACCUUCAGCACGUUCCAGCUGGAGGAACUGGAGAAAGUUUUCCAGAAAACCCACUACCCUGAUGUGUAUGCCCGGGAGCAGCUGGCUUUGCGCACAGACCUAACCGAGGCCCGCGUCCAGGUGUGGUUCCAGAACCGCAGAGCCAAGUGGCGAAAGCGUGAGCGGUACGGUAAGGUCCAGGAGGGGCGGAAUCCCUUCACGUCGGCCUACGACAUCUCUGUGCUGCCCCGCACUGACAGCCACCCCCAGCUGCAGAACUCCCUGUGGGCCGGCCCUGGCUCUGGGAGUCCCGGGGGGCCUUGCCUCAUGUCUCCAGAGGGCAUCCCCUCCCCGUGCAUGUCUCCGUACUCUCACUCUCAUGGCAACGUGGCUGGCUUCAUGGGGGUGCCAGCGUCGCCCCGAGCCCAUCCCGGCGUCUACUCCCUCCAUGGCUUUUCCCCUGCCCUGAGUGGCCACAGCUUUGAGCCCUCCCCGGACAGCGACUAUAAGUCUCCCAGCCUCGUCUCACUCAGGGUGAAGCCCAAGGAGCCACCCAGCCUGCUGAACUGGACCACGUGAGCGGCGGGGUGGGCUCUGGGACCAAGCUACUUACCCCCGCCCCCGCCCCCCCACUGCUCCCGCUGUACCCCUGCCUGGAUGCCAGAGAGCAUCGGAACACACCUCUGCCUCC